AUGUCACCUUCAUCGACGACGGAAUUUGAGUCAUUGACGAGAGACAAUGCUAUCAAGGCUGCCACUUCUAGUGUCACAGAGAAGGCCACGAUUACGCCCACCAGCACGCUGUCCAAGCUUGAUGCGCACCCGACUCCUGCCAGCAAUCUCGUAUCAUCUAGUCACCGUCUCAGAAGCACAAUGAUCGGAGCCAUUGUAGGCGGCGUCAUUAGCCUGGUCCUGAUACUUUGCGUCAUCGCAUACUUCAUACGCCGCACGAGAAAGCAGCGUGGGAGAGUCGGGAGACAGUUCACUCUUCUUCGCUGGCGACACCGUUGCCUGGAAGAGAAGCAGAUGGAUCUCGAGGAGACAGGGACCACAACCGGCACGAUAGACUUUCAUGCUCAGGCCAAGGGCCAGCCUCCUUUGGUGCGCACUCAGGACGUCGUAAUCGGUAGUGGCAGUUGUACUGGUUUCAUGAGCAGACAGAAACAGCCACAGACUAUACUUGGAGAACAGUCACCAGUAGUCUCAUUGAUCCAAAAGCGCGAGACAGACUUACCGGACUCAAUCCCGUCAGCGUUGACUUCUUCCCCGUCACCACUGGCAGCCCUCGAACCCGCCAUGAGCCCCAAGACAAGUUUCAAACUCCAAUUUGCCUUCACCCCUACUCCUCUACUCCCAGCAGCCAUCCACCCAGCCCUUCAUUCAGGCCAAGGCGAACAUGCCUACCAACCAACAGCGUACUGGCCAUCAUCCUGCACUCCCGAAAUGAGCAGAUGCAGCAACACCAACAUCAUUACAAACAACGAUGAUGCACAUGCAGAUGCACAUGAACAACCACAUUCCCGGCGCCCCUCCACGACCCCCGAGCUCUUUGACACAGGUUUCUACCUCGGCCGCGUCGAACUGCCGACAACCUGCUCCCGCGAGCUCAUAAACAUUCCCUUUGCGGAGCGCCAGCGCCAACGCCAAAAGAGCCAGCUCCACCGCGGCACCACACAUCUCCUCUCAAUCACGACGCCCGACGGCGCGGUCCUAUCGCCGAAUUUCAAUGGUCUCCCUGUCGACACUGGAACCUGGCCCUGUAGAGCUGAGACCAGAGAAGAGGGCAUUGAAGGAGCAGAAGGAAAUACAGAAGCAGAAACACAAGCACAAGCUGCUGCCGCUAAACCUGCUUCCUCCGCUCCCGCUCCCGCCAUCGCCGUCGCGUCCGCCUCUGACCUCAAGCUCGCUGUCUUCGGGGCUGUCGUCAUCACCGACACUGUCUUUAUCGGCCUGAGCUGGCGAGGGAGUCGAGAGAGGUGA